UCUGCUCCGGCAGUGCUCCCAUGCGUUUUGCAUGCUUAUUCACAUUUUCAUUUUUUAUUCGUAUACUGCUUGUACCGGCUGACGUAACAGGCGAAUUAACGAGAAAUCUGAUCAUUUCCGUAAAAAGAGACAAUAAUAAUAUCGGAUUUACUUGAUUAGGUGGAAAUUAUUGUGGAGUAUAAAGAUGCCAACUAUUGGAGUAAAACGUGAUUUACUAUUUGAAGCUUUGGGCAAAACAUAUUCUGACGAUGAGUUCCAGACGUUAUGCUUCAAAUUUGGUUUGGAGCUAGAUGAAGUGACAACGGAGAAACAAAUGAUAGCAAAGGAGCAAGGUUCUGAUAAAGAUAUAGAUGCCUCGGAAGAGAUUAUCUACAAAAUUGAUGUACCUGCUAACAGAUAUGAUCUUUUAUGCUUGGAGAGUCUAAGUACUGGCCUGCUUAUAUUUUUAAACAAGAUAUCCAUUCCACGUUACAAAGCAAUAAAACCAAGUACAGGCAUGGAAAAGAUUGUGAUGAGCUCGGAGUGCUUAAAAGUGAGAGGACAUAUAGUUGCCGCAAUUUUGAGAGAUGUUACUUUGACACAAGAAUCUUACAAUAAUUUUAUCGAUCUUCAAGAUAAGCUGCAUCAGAAUAUAGGAAGAAAACGUAGUCUAGUCUCUAUUGGCACUCAUGACUUAGAUACAAUUAAAGGCCCAUUCUUAUAUGAUGCUCGAUCACCAUCAAAGAUACGUUUCAAACCACUUAACCAAGAUAAAGAGUACACGGGAGAAGAAAUCAUGGAAUUGUAUGCAACACAUGCACAGCUCAAACAAUAUUUACCCAUCAUAAAAGACAGUCCUGUUUAUCCCGUGGUAUGUGAUAGUAAUGGAGUUGUUUUAUCUCUCCCUCCUAUUAUCAAUGGAGAUCAUUCAAAGAUCACACUUGAUACAAAAAAUAUUUUUAUCGAAUGCACAGCAACCGAUCUUACAAAAGCGAAGAUAGUGAUAGACACUAUAGUCUGUGCUUUCAGUCAGUAUUGCAACAUGAAAUAUACAGCCGAACUAGUGGAAGUGGUAUACCCUGACAAUCAAACUUUCUAUUAUCCAGAAUUAAAAUAUCGAACGGAAGAAAUUGACCAUAAUAAAGCGAUUAAUUACAUUGGCAUUGAGCAGACACCAGAUCAAGUUGCAGAAUUAUUGUCAAAAAUGUCUUUAAAAACCAAGAUGAAGGAUAAGGAUACGCUAACGGUAGAAAUUCCACCAACGAGACAUGACGUGAUACACCUUUGCGACAUUUAUGAGGACAUCGCUAUUGCUUACGGAUAUAACGAAAUAAAGAAAACUAUACCACAUUUAUCGACAAUCGCAGCAGAGUUGCCGCUAAAUAAGCUGACCGACCAAAUACGGGUAGAAUUAGCUCAAGCAGGAUUCACCGAAGCACUGACUUUCUCUUUGUGUUCGCGUGAGGAUGUAGCGGACAAAUUGGGAUACAAGAUAGAGGAUGUACCGGCAGUUCACAUAUCCAAUCCGAAAACUUUAGAAUUUCAGGUUGCGCGUACCUCACUUUUACCGGGAUUACUUAAGACGAUAUCGGCAAACAAAAAGAUGCCUUUACCUCAUAAAUUAUUUGAAGUUUCCGACGUUGUAUUGCGAGACGACACGGCGGAAGUUGGUGCGCGAAACAAUCGCCGCUUAUGUGCGGUGUAUGCUAAUAAAUCGGCUGGUUUUGAGAUAAUUCAUGGUCUAGUAGAUAGAGUGUUAUUACUAUUAGAGGUACCCUGGAGCGUUAACAAAGACAAAAGUGGAUAUUAUUUGCGCGCAGCUGAUGACCCGGCGUUCUUCCCUCAACGAUGUGCUGAAAUUAUCUGUUUUGGUGAAGUGAUAGGAAAAAUGGGAGUUUUACAUCCUGAUGUACUCUCAAAGUUUGAAUUAAAUAUUCCAUGUUCCGCGAUGGAAAUGAAUAUUGAACCAUUUUUGUAAUAAAAGUAAACAAUACGCAAAUAAAAUUAAAAUAAAAUUAGGAUGCUUAUAAGCUGAAAUUAAAACUGUAUGUAGCUUCUAUUAUGAAUUGAAUUCAUGUUUUUUAAAUAGAAGUUUUGAUAAAAUUUAUUUAUAAUAAUUUAUAAUGUAUAAUAUUUUUUUGAAUGCUUGUGAAAAUGAACUUACUAAUAAAAUUUUAAAAUAUAUUUGUUAUAUGAUAGACACGUCUUGAACAUAAUGCUAUAUAUAACGAUUAGAUUUUCUCUCUCUCUCUCUCUCUCUCUCUUUCUCGCACAUACACUUCUGAAGAAGAGAGAUUUAAAAAAAAUUUAUAAAUAUUUAGUUUGUAAGGAAAAAUACAUAAAGAUAAAAAAAACUCGAUUUUACAAAAGAGUACUUGAAAAGUAUUGCAGCUCCGUCCCACAAUUAUUUAAUUUCUUUUGUUGACUUCAACGUUACAAGAAGUACGAAAUAAAAAUUUAAAAUAAUAAUUUUUAUAAUAACUUGAUAAUCCAUUUGAGAUUGUGAGAGAAUUAUAUAUUCAACUUUUGUUUUAAUAUUUAAAAAUGAGUUAGCGUACGUAAACGUUCAAAAAUCAAUUUGUGUAGCUCAAACUGUAUGUAGAAACUAAUUUAUUAUUUUUUUCAAUAAAAGAAUUAAUAUUUUGAUCAUU